UACAGUGUCCUACACUCACUGCUGCUGUCGGUAACGGACACGGCUGCGCACACACCUACACACACUCCUCACACACGCGCUCUCUCUCUCUCACACACACAUACACUCCUCUACAGGAAGGAAGGAGGGAGAGAGAGAGAGAGAGAGAGGCGACACAUGUCAGAGCGGAUCGAGCUGGGGAAUGUACCGGAUUCCGUUGCUGUCCCGCACUGAGCGCUACGCUGCGCUGCGUUAACGCCACGCGUCACAGGACUGAGCCUGGCGCGGCACCAGAACCGGACCGGGAUAGUGUCAUAAGAUAAAAAAAAAAAAAAAAAAUCCCCAAAAAAAAUCACCUGGCUGCAGAGGGAGGAGGAGGAGGGAGGGAGGGAGGAGGUGUGAGUGUGUGUGUGUGUUCGCCGCUUGCGCGCAACGGAGAGUCGGCGCAAAGUUUCCUCGAUGGCGCUGGUGAUGGAGCCGGUGAGCAAAUGGAGCACGAGCCAGGUGGUGGACUGGAUGAAAGGUCUGGACGACUGCUUGCAGCAGUAUGUGUGUGUGUUUGAGCGUGGAGGUGUGUGUGGGGAGAGGCUGCUGAGGAUCAGCCACGCCGAGCUGGAGGAGCUGGGCGUCUCUCGCAUCGGACACCAGGAGCUCAUUCUGGAGGCUGUGGACUUGCUCUGUGCUCUGAACUCGGGUCUGGAGACGGAGAGCGUCCGGACUCUGGCUCACAAACUCGGCGCCUCUGCCAAAAACCUGCAGAACUUCAUUUCCGGCCGCCGCCGAAGCAGCCAAUCAGAGAGCAGGUCCUCACGGCGGUUACCCAACGACCUGCUGACCUCUGUGGUCGACCUCAUCACCGCGGCCAAGAGCCUGCUCGCCUGGCUGGACAGGUCUCCGUUUGCUGCAGUGGCAGACUACUCCGUAACCCGGAAUAAUGUCAUUCAGCUCUGCCUGGAGCUCACCACCAUUGUACAGCAGGACUGUACGGUGUUUGAGACUGAGAACAAAAUCCUUCAUGUGUGUAAGACUCUGUCGGAGGUGUGCGAGCACAUUGUGUGCGUGUCGUCGGACCCACUGGUUUCACAGUCGGCCCACCUCGAGUUGGUUCACCUCACCAACAUCAAAACCUCUGAAGGCCUGGGAAUGUACAUCAAGUCGACCUACGACGGCCUACAUGUGAUCACAGGGACGACUGAAGGGUCUCCAGCUGACCGAUGUAAGAAAAUCCAUGCGGGAGAUGAAGUCAUUCAAGUCAAUCAUCAGACUGUGGUGGGCUGGCAGUUACGCAACCUGGUCGGCUCGCUGAGGGCCGAUAAAGGCGUCGUGUCGCUGACCCUGAAGAAGCGUCCGCAGAGCACGCUCAGCUCCGCCCCGGCGCUGCUGAAGAACAUGCGCUGGAAACCCCUAGCUCUGCAGCCGACCAGAAGUCCGAGCAGCAGUUCGGCGACACCCUCAGGCACACCCACCAAAAGCUCCGCCCUCCAGGACCUGUACAUCCCCCCUCCUCCUGCCGAACCAUACACCCCCAGAGACGAGACGGGAGCCUUGUCUGUGAGCGAGGCACCUCGUAACCAUGGCGGCGUCAGCCUCUCUAAGCGCUCUGAGUCACCAAACUCCUUCCUGGACCAGGAGUCUCGCCGGCGAGAGGAGGAGGAGCCUGUGUACUGCACCACGCCCACAUAUGGCAGGCUGAGGCCCAUCUCUAUGCCUGUGGAGUGCAACUGGGUGGGCGACUAUGAAGACCCAGCCAAGCUUAACAGAGAAAGUCGCAGAGAAGCGACGCUCAUGCAUUACGUGCCAAUGCCCGCUGGUGACGAGAGGAACCCAUCGGACGACUACUCCUCCCACACGGCUCGUCCAGGUAAACGAUCCAACGAUACGGCCAAGCGUGCCAAGAGGCGGAGCCACCACAGUCAAAGCCCCUCCCACUACGUCCAGCAGAACAACCAGAGGGAGUCUCCGCCCAGAGACCCGGCCUCCAUCUAUCAUACAUACCAGCAGUCGUCCUCUCUGCAGUCCAAGACCAGAAAGAAGAAUAAAGGGCGAGGUCUGGCCUCGCUGAGUCGGAGGCGUGUGUCCUGCAAGGCGCUCGGCAGGGGAGACUGCGAGGGCUGGCUGUGGAGGAAGAGGGACGCGAAGGGUUACUUUUCGCAGAAGUGGAAGAAGUACUGGUUUGUCCUGAAGGACAACUGCCUGUACUGGUACAUCAACGAGGAGGACGAGAAGGCGGAGGGAUUUGUCAGUCUGCCAGAGUUCAAGAUCGACCGGGCCAAUGAAUGCCGCAAGAAGUAUGCUUUCAAAGCGUGUCACCCCAAGGUCAAGAGUUUCUACUUUGCAGCAGAUGGAGUGGACGACAUGAACAGAUGGCUGAGUCGACUCAACAUGGCCGCCGUGGGCUACGCUGAACGCGAGAGGAUGCGCCAGGAGCAGGAUUACUGGAGUGAGAGCGAACAUGAGGAUGACACCACCUCCAGCCCCAAACAGGACAGCCCCCCACCUCCAUACGAUACCUACCCACGGCCUCCAUCGAUGAGUGCCUACUUGGAAGGACGGACCACUCGGCUGUCUUCCACGGAGACGUCUCGCUCUCGCUCUUCCCAGGAGGACUUCCUGUGCGGGGAGCCACCCGCAGCGUCCGCUGAGCCGCAGUACCACCCAGGUCCUCUCGGGGGAGGCACCACACACAGUGGGAGGAAACCAGGGGGCAGCAGCAGCAGCGACGUGCAGUACAGAUGUGAUGCUAUAGAGUACCGUUCCAGUCCUGCUGGGGGCAGCAGUGAGACAGGGUCCCCAGGCCGCUCUUCGUCCUCUCAGAGACGUUCUUGGCAGGACCUGAUUGAGACGCCGCUGACUGAGGCCGGACUGCACUAUUUACAAACUGGACCGUUAGAGGACGCAGUCUUUGUUGAACCUGGUCCCGGCGGUGGGAGUAUGAUGGCCGGAGCCGUGUACACUCUCCCCGCACAAAGGAAUGUCCCGUUGCCUAUGGCGAUGCAGAGGCUGAUUCCUAUGGCAACCCAGGGAGGGAAACCCCGCAGCUUCACGCUGCCAAGAGACAGCAACCUCCACACACUCCUCACACCCCCUGCAAAAGAGGAGCACCAAACACGCAACGGCGGCAGUGAAGGAGCGUCCCUCGGCGACCUGUUCCGCGCCUGCGAGCAGGGCGGCGUGUGCCCCUUGGGCCGCGCGUCGGAGGCCAAAGGUCAGACGGAGUUCAGGCAGUCGUUCCUCCGACGGGCCGCCGACCCUCAACUCAACGACCGCCUGCACCGUCUCCGCAUUCUGACCUCCACCCUAAAGGACAGGGAGGGGGAGCUAGCGCUGAUUGACAGGCUGUUGGCCAAUCCCCAGCUGUCGUCGGCUGAGUUCCAGGAGUGGAAGCAAGCCUAUCAGGAGCUGUUCUCGCAGGAGCCUCAGAACUCCGCCGCCGAGUCCGAGCCGGGCCCGCCACUGACCCCCUCGCUCUCUCACACGCACUCCUACAUCGAGACCCAUGUCUGACACGUAAAACACAGAGAGACACCCAUUGCCAUGGUUUACGGUCAGCCGAGGUCUUUCUUGCGUCAGUGACUGAAUGUGAGGACGAGUUGAUUCUUAUACUGAUGACUUUCAGCGGGCCGAGACGUUCGAGUGCAAUACGGCGGCUUUCUAUGUGUGGACGCCUCGGGUCACGAGCUGACAAGAGGGCAGUUCACAACGACUCUUAAGCAUUAAGUGUUUGCUUUUUACACUCUUUACCUUACUCUACAUGGAUUAAAGGGAUUGAAAGAAGAGUUGAACCUGACGUGUCUCCGCGAGCUGCCAUUUUCACCCCCCGGUUUGUCGUGCCAUGUUUCUACAGACUGCACAGUGUCUUGUCGCGUCCUCUCCAGCCUUAUACUUGAUGUAUAUAUGAUGAUAUUUUCUGUACAGUGAGUGUUACUGCAGAUUAGCAUUGUUUUGUUUUUGUUUUAGAGACAUUUAUUUAUGAUGGUAUUGGUUGAAAUAUGUAUUACUGCUGGGCUGGACCUGGAGCAUGCACACUCAACAAGGACCCAUUUAACCUUUCUCCAGUGUUCCCUUAAACCUUCCCUUAUUUCAGUGUUGGCCGGCUAAUGUAUGUACCAAUGUGUUUUAUCUUGUCCAAUGUAGCCUGGCUAAAGCAUCUCAAUCUCAUAUGAGUCUGGAAAGGGUGUUGUCAAUCCGUGUAUCAUUUGUUCAUUCAUUGAAGUUACUAGACCCGAAAGUUGCGAGUUAAGUAAAGUUAGAAAGCUAUUCACAAAUUCAAACUUCCGCGAUCAAUAACAUUCAAAUGCAAUAUUCUUGAAACACAUGCAAGACCUAUUUUGAAUCAUAGCAACGUUGACAACAAGCUACAACAUCCAAAAGAGCUAGAGAAACUACAUUUAUCUCUACGUGCAGUCAUCAGAGACCAGGGACCGCCGACAAAGUGCAACACCCAAGAAAUUAUAUUUAAAAAAUAUAUAUUAAAUAACUUCACCAUGACACAGUGUAGUGUCGUCAAACUUUAUUUUAAUUUUACUGCAUAAAAGCAUAAAAAUGUAAGAUUUUUGUUGAUUUGCUCCUCCCCUGUCACAGGUCCCGUCCGGGUUACACAACCUUCAGGGUCACAUAACUUGCGUUAGAUGUAAAAAUCAAAACUGGGCGAAACGGGAAACACUCAUUAUCCACCAUUUUUCAUUUUAUCUCCCACUUUCAGGAGUCAUCACCAAUCACAAGUUACAUAAAAUGGAAGCAACAGCUGAAUCGAAAGACAGCUGCUCUUUUUGACGGCAGCCAUGUAUACAACAGCUGCUAGACGUCGUUUCUUGGUCGUCAUCGUCAUGUUAGGGCCACCUCUAGUGUGCCAGGAGUUUGCAAGUGGUUCCCUUUUUUUUUUUAGGAGAUUCUGAAGUUGGCCAAAAACGGUGUUCCUUGCCAGAUGCAUCCGCAAGAGCAAAAUUAAAUAUUUGGCAGACUCAGCUGGGUUCACGCAGGCGACUGUAUGUGAGCACAAAAACCACAAAUUAUCAUGACAUUUCCACUCAAAGCACCAAAAUAGAGACAGGUUACUCACAGCUAAAUUUUAAAACACUCUGAAUGGUGUGGAUUAUGUGGGGGAUUGUGUAUCCCGACGCAUGAGUAAAGACGCUCCAUGUGUACAAUAUUGCAAGAUUUUUAGGUAAUAAGGUUGGAAAACUAUCUGAAAUAACUUUGCUUUAGGAAAACCGAACACUGGAGUAAGGUUAAAGGAACAAUCCACCCUAAGAACAUUUAACACUGUUGAUUAACAACUGCCAAUAUUGCAUUUAGGAGCCCAUGGUGUGGUACAGAAUGAUACCUGAUGGAGGCUUUGAAUGAUUCAUGUGUUGCCAAACUGCUUUGUGGAACCAUUGCUUUGCUUUGCAAGUGCCGUGUGUGUGGCAGGAAAUCCCGUCAAAAAGCACAGUUCACAGUUCAUUAUCUCAAUUGUGCCUGCAUUGUGAUCUGUUCUUACCAUGCAAAUGAGUUAAAUUGGCAGUUGGGAAGCUUGUCAGUAAACAAAAGCACACGCCAGGUCAAGCGGAGUGGGAUUUACAUUAUAUUUAAAUCGCAGUUUUUCGAUCGGUUUUUUUAAAUCACAAACUGUGAAGAGAGAGUGACUGGCAAGGGUUCGCUACCACUGUUGGCUCAAGCUCAAAGGAUGAGGUGAAGUUACUUUGUGUGUCAAAAUAGGCUUGGUUCACCUGCUGCUGAUCACAGAACCAGCCAGAGCAGCUCUGUUUGUCAUCCGAACACAGUCCGCAGGUUAAUGAGAGCUCUAAGUGAGACCUGGAGCUCCAUUCAGGGUCAGAAUUGUCGGGUGAUUCACAUCAUGCCCCAUGAUACUGCUGCCAUGAUGAAGCAAUUCUCCAUUAUUCUGCCAUCAACUCCUUUUUUUAACCAGUGCAACAGUGACAGGGACUGUUUCUCAAUACCCAAGUAUGCAAGGAUGUACUUGCAUACGACUGCAGUACAUACCCGCCAAGUACGGGAGUACACAAGUACGAUCAUUGCAAUUGGAACAGUAGCAUUUUAACUUGUUCUGCUGUUUGAAUUGCAGGUGGCGCCAAUCGCUUAAGCUUCAUUACCGCCACCGAGUGCUGAUAACAAACCACAUUUUUGAAUUCCAAAUGACUAAUUUCUCGCCUCAAAGGAUCUUAAAACUGCAUUCCAGGACACAGAAAAAAAUUUUAUUUCAGGUUUUUGUGUGUUCUCUCUGCUGGUAAGGUUCCAGCAAAAUGCAUUCUGGGAUACAGGACUUUCCCCAAGUACGCUGAAGUCACCACCCGAUGCAUACGUGAUAAAACUGGCGAACGCAAGUACAGAGAAGUAUAUGCAUAUUGAGAAACGGCCAAGUUUUAGCUAACUUCCUUCGAAGGAACGCCUCUUUGUGGAGUUUUGGAUCCUGAUUGGACAAAAUGUUUUGCCAAUAUUAGGAAAGUUUCCCAGACCACUCCAGUAAUAGCUAGUUGGAAUAUAGAGUGAAAUCUAUAUUUCACUCUAUAUAUACUCUAUAUAUAUAUAAAAAUCAUAUUUUUUAAUUACAAGAAAUCCAUUUAUUGAAUGCACGUUAAGGGGAAAACUGCUUAUUUUCAGCUCAUUAUGGUAGAGUUAUGGUAUUCUUACCAUCCAAUAACCUAAAAAUAGCAGAGUACUUAGCUGACAGAGCAUAAAACCGGUCUCCAAAAUAUGUACCCGCCUAAAUAUAGCCAUGUUUCUGUUGCUGUUGUCUUUUUCUUCUGUGUACUGGCGUCUUCUGUCAUUUGGAUUGGCAACUGCAGCACACACACAGAUUGCUAUUGCAUUAUCUGGGUGUAUUAGUCCAACUUUGGUACAAUUUCAGUCAGACUUAACAGGUUUACGUGUAUUUUUAAAGUCUAGUUUUAAUUGGACUAAGAAUAAUUUAAUGUAAAUGUGCUGAUUUGGACUUCCUGUUGUGAUCAAAUCCAAACCUCAAUCUCAAUUUUAAAAAAUUGCUUUUAGCUGAGAUUCACACAAGACAACACCUAGAAAAGAGAAGCUAGGUCCCUGCACUUUGCCUCAGGCUCCAUUUCGGUUUAGUUUUUCUCCCACUUUCAUCUUCUGUGGCUUUAAUGGGCAACGUCAUCCUAACCACAACACCUGAGCCUCCUGUCACCAUGGCAACCAAAACUAUAAGAGAGGUGGUCAAGCUGAUCUGGUCAUCAUGGAAAAGCCACCUGGAAAAAAUAGAUACUUUCAUGAAGAGGGUUUUCAUGGAUUAUAUACUGACGAUAACAGUGUACAGGUUUUCAUGGGUGGACUUUUCCUGUCCUGCAUGCAACAUAGAUAAUAUAACGACAUGUUUCCAUAGGAACUGCAAUACAGAUCUAAUAAAAACAUAUAUCAGUUUGUUUAUUUGUAUGCUGCUGCACAAGACGCUGCACAUAACUAUUAAAAAGCAAUCAUGAACAGACAA